UGCUCGGUUAAGCAUCUCGAGAUAAGGCACCAUCUUGGGCAGAGCACCACACUGAUUGAUCCUGCCCAUCCCAACCCUUGCAGUCGCGGUAUCUGCAACAAAUCUUAUCCGAUUCAAAUGUAAGUUAUUGUUAUGUGACUAAGUACAUUCCCUACAUCAAAUACCUACAUAGUUACCUACCUGCAUUCCGAAAGGGCUUUUGAGCUAAAAAUUCUUGGGAUUUCCACUCGUCCACUCGGAAGCUACGACAAUUGUUAGCCUCGCCUUGCGCUCGCUUUUAUCAUUUUUUUAGGUAUCUUUUUUUAUCUUUGGCUCACCCAUCCACAUUAUUUUCCGUAUUUGCGUCUUUGCGUAUUUCACUGUCUUGCUCCUCAAUGCCGACCUACCAAAUAGCUCUGUGAAGGAGAGAUCCAUACCUAUCGGGAAAAUCUUUUCUCUAUACUACCUUGAUGUGUGGCAUUUGCACCGUGCGACCGCCCACGCCACCACUCCUUCGCUUUCAGUAGUGAUCAUAUAGAAACGCGCAUGGCCGAUUCAGACCCAAACAAUGCUACACACGAUGAUGGCCCGUUGGGCGAAGAUUCGAUUCUCUCGCCCCGAGGCCUCGAAGCGUUCACCCGAAAGGUGACGACUACCGCGAGCCAUUUAGUAGGACCCAGCGCGGAUCCGUCCGGGAAUCAUUAUCAUAAUGCCAUGGCUCAAGUACACAGACAGCUAAAGAAACCCGGCAUUCAACGAGGCAUGUUCACCAUGGCUAGGACCACACCAACCGACUUGGUUCGCUCCAAGUUUUCUACUGCCGAAAUUCAAUCCCGCGCCCUAUCUUACUUGCCCGAUGAUAUGCUUCAGAACCUACCCGAAAAUGACAACGCCUACUCUCUGUUCCAGGGCUUCCAAGCAACCUUCCCCGAGCUGACGCACGAGGGCAAGAAACACCGGAGAAAAUCAUCGAGAGGGAGAAAAAUGAUUGACGAGAGUCCGUCGGCUCCCAACAGCCCACAUCACCUCAAUAAACUGAAAAAAGAGAGAUCUUCGCUCAUGCAUGAGCUUGAGAUGCUUGGUAUUCGGAAGAAUAUGGCAAGCAGCGAGAUCCAUGAAAUAGAUAAUAAGAUGGCUAAUCUAGCUGGCAUGAGACGCAUCAUUCUUGAGAGAUUAGCAGGUCUAGAGCAAGAGGAAGCUUUACUAGAACAUGACAUUGUGGAUAUGGAAGGCCGGAUAGAAGACGCACAGGUUCUCGUCGAGGAGGCCGAAUCAAUAGCCGCCGCUGCUGACACUCCAACCAAGUCAGAUGAUGAUGACCUAGUAACAGACCAGGAUGCGGAUGAGUUCAUGUCAAAAUCCAUCUAUGAGAAGCUUCCGUCCGCUACCAGUACACCAUCAAAAAGGAGGCAUAAAACUACUAAACGAAAAUCAAUGCCAAUAUUACACGAACAUUUUGAACCAGGUUAUAUGAUACGGGAAAUUAAGGCUCACGCGGAUCAUGUCACGGCGUUGGAUUUUGACGUGCCUUUUGGUACUUUGGUGUCGGCUUCCAUGGAUGAUUCGGUCAAGGUAUGGGAUCUUAACGCUGGGCGUUGCAUCGGAUUGCUCGAAGGUCACACUGCUUCGGUUCGGACUUUACAGGUAGAGGAUAACAUCCUCGCUACGGGUUCUAUGGAUGCCACUAUCCGGUUAUGGGAUCUGAGCAAAGCUCAUUACGAUCCGCAAGGUAGUCAGUUCGGAAGAGAUGACGAGGAUGACGAUGGCAUGGCUUUCGAGAAUCCCGAUGAUCAACCGGUAGACCCUCCUGAAGGAAGCAUGUCGGACUGUCCGCUCUUUACCCUAGAAUCGCACAUGAACGAGAUCACGGCUCUUCACUUUAGGGGCGAUGUUCUUGUUUCGGGUUCUGCAGAUAAAACGCUUCGCCAGUGGGAUCUAGUGAAGGGGCGGUGUGUGCAAACGCUCGACGUGAUGUGGGCGGCCGCACAAGCCUCGGUUUCUAUCGGUACGGGUGAGGGGACUUGGAGGCAAACUAACCGGCCGACGACACAAACAGCCGACUUUGUUGGGGCCCUACAAGUCUUCGAGUCCGCACUCGCUUGCGGUACAGCCGAUGGCAUGGUGAGGUUAUGGGACCUGAGAAGCGGACAGGUUCAUCGCAGCCUCGUCGGACACACCGGACCGGUAACCUGUCUGCAAUUCGACGACGUGCAUCUUGUGACAGGCAGUUUAGAUCGAAGUAUACGAAUAUGGGACCUGCGCACAGGGUCUAUAUUCGACGCCUACGCAUACGACAACCCGGUCACGAGCAUGAUGUUCGAUAGCCGGCGCAUCGUCAGCGCAGCGGGCGAGGACGUAGUGAAAGUUUACGACAAGAUGGAGUCGCGGCAAUGGGACUGCGGCGCGGGCAUCGCGGAGGUGGACGGGGGCAGGACACCGGCCAUCGUGGAGCACGUCCGUAUCCAAGACGGCUACCUUAUCGAGGGACGCCGCGACGGUAUCGUAGGUGCUUGGGCUUGUUAGUCUUAAAUAGGUUAACAUAUCCCGGUGUGCCUUAUCGUAUGUACAUAUGUGAAUAUUUGCGAAUAGUCAAUGUUACUACGCAACUUAUCUCAUCUAUAAACCCUGGGAUGAGUUGGGUUGUAUGCAUGCGCAAA